CAGGAAAAAGGCUUCUGUAGCCCAUUCUCCCUGGGGAGUGGCGUGCUGCCAGCCAGCAUCCCAUUCCUGGGGACAAACAUGUCCUUGUGCAACAGGGUCUGUAGCGAUGGGACCAGAGCCUGGUCCUGGGCUCAUGCGAUGCUUCUCUUGGGUUACUUUGGACCCCUCUUGGAAAGGACAGGAUGAGUUUUGCUCAAUAGCAGUUAAAAAGUUAAAAAGCCCUGAAGAACAAAUCCAGUCCUAGAGGCACUAACACUUCGAUAGAUGGUUUUGUAAAUGACAAGCCAUCGUACCCCAUUCAUUGUUUUUUGAGGCUUUUUUGUGGCUUGAAACAAAUUUUUUUAUUCUAACAUGUCAGUUAAUUAAAAAACAGCUCGCAUCCUCAAAGCAUUCAUUUUCCACUCAAUCUCUGACAGUUUCCAUUUGCCUGAAAUAAGUCUUUUUUUUUCUUUUUUUUUUCCUUUUCCCCCUGUGUAAAGGAAACGAACCCCAAAUCCAGCCCUUCAACACUAAUAAACUUGGAGAGCUCGCAUCAGCCUCCACGCUGCCGGCUUGCUGGAGGUUUGCUGCUGCCAGCACUGGGGCCAGGGCUGGGGAAGAAGGAGUUAAAGGUUUGCAUUGAAAGAGCAGCCCAGCUGCCUGCAGAGGCUUAGAUCCCACUCUUUCUUCACCAGUGUUUGAUGGCUGGGGAAAAGCCAGCUCCAAAUUCAAAUGCCACUUUCUAGACCGAGGACAAAAUUACACCCGACUGCCCCGAUUCAGCCUCUCAGACAAAACCAGGAUGAGCUGUCUUUGGGGCCAGGCAGGCUGGUGUUUAUUUCGAUUUGCAGGUUUGGGGCUUUGCGGUUCACGACUUGCCUGGUUGUGCUUCCAGGCUGGUCAUUCCGGGAGCUCCCCUCCCAGCCGGGGGGUGCAGGGCAGCCCGGACCCCCCGGGUGAUGGGUGCUGGUGGGGCAAGGGACGGCUCUGUCCCUUGUGCCCCAUCCCUCUGCAGGUGGCUGUGGAAGGGGAGGGCUGGUUGCCUCUGCCACUGGAGCCCUCAGCCUGCACUGGGCGGGACUGGAAAUUACUGGGAGCGCUGCCACGGAGGGGUGGGCUGUGGGAUCCGGACAGCGCAGGAGCACAGGGCUGGAUGUGGCUGAGAGCCCUCUCGCAGCCCAAGCAAGAUCUCCGCUGCCUGUGAGUGCUGUAGGCGACUGAGCGGCACCUUCCCCCAAAAUGAUGGAAAACAAAGUAUUUAUGUCAUUUACGUUCUACAGCACAAUCUUGAUUUUAAAAAUGUAUGUCGUUGCCAUCAUUACAGGACAAGUAAGACUCAGAAAGAAGGCAUUUGCAAACCCAGAGGACGCACUGCGCAAUGGGGGGCUGCAGUACUACCGUGAGGACCCUGAUGUGGAGCGGUGCCGCAGGGCCCACUGCAACGACAUGGAGAACAUCUUUCCUUUCCUCUUCCUUGGAGCCAUCUACUCCUUGCUGGACCCCAGUCCCGCAGUGGCCAGGAUCCACUUCUUCAUCUUCUGCAUGGGGCGCAUCGUCCACACCAUCGCCUACCUCCUGCAGCUGAAGGCACCCACGCGCUCUGUGGCCUACAGCGUGGCACAGCUGCCCUGCUUCUCCAUGGCUCUGCAGAUCCUCCUCGCUGCCACCCCGUACUGCUGUUUCCUGCUGUCCACUGCUGCCGAGCCAUGUGCAGCCUGGAUUAGCUGGUGUUUGCAGAAAGCUCUGGAAAUGAGCAGAGUGGCUUUGAACACCCCCCCCCCAGGAGAAUACCGCUGCUCUGCGGUGUCGCCUGAAAGCCAUCAUGUUGGAGAGGAAAGGCUGGGACCAGGGUAUCACAGGAUGACAAACCCUCGUGAGGUCUUCUGCCACGUGGCUGUUCUGAAGUGCCAAGGGCUGGUCCAGGCAACAGCAGUGUGCAAUGGAGCAGCCCUAUGGAGGACAAGGCAGGAGGAAGCCUCUGCUGUUCAGUGUCUCCUCCAUCCUCUGAGAGCAAUGCAGAGUUUUACUACGAUCACAGGGGGAAUCCAGAAAGAGCAGAAAAUAAAUCCCCCUUCCACCUAUCCUAAGCACUAAAGCUGUUCCCUUAACCCUGCUUUCCUCAGACAUGCUCUGAGACCUCACUGAGCGCCUGUGUGCACAAAGCACGGGGUGAAACACCGGCUCAGACUGAUGCUCUGAGCCCUUGCCCAGCUUGGGUAGCAGCUUCUGUACCAGUAACUCCUGACCCCAGUGCAGAUGUGGCCUUCGGCUAAGCUGUUUGGUGAGGUUUGAAGUGCUCUGCUCUUCCGCGGGGGAUGCAGGGCCCACCACGUGUGGAAGGUGGGCAGGACUGCAGGUUCAGCAGUUUGCUCUUGGCCACUUCUCAUUUACGCAGCCUCAACAGAUGUCUGGGUAAUACAUACCCCUCUUAACAAGCCUUUUCUGCCUCACAUGGUGCACAAGGUCUCGAACCCCUGUACGUUUCUCUGCUGCUGCACAUGCAUCCUGGUGGCAGGAAGCAAAUAUUCCCAAUAAAAACAAAUCAUUGUGC